UCCCGGCUUGCGAUGAAGAUUCUCCGGUGGCUCCUGAAGGGUCGGGGUUCAGCCCCCACCCCGACCCCGACCCCGACCCCGACUCCGGCCCCGGCUCCGGCCCCGGCCCCGAGACAGCUCGAGCAUUUCUCUAAGUUCUCGCCAUCGCCGCUCUCCAUGAAACAAUUCCUGGACUUCGGUACCAGAAACGGUUGUGAAAAGACCUCCUUCAUCUUUCUACGACAAGAACUUCCAGUACGGCUUUCAAAUAUCAUGAAGGAAAUCAACCUACUUCCAGAUAAUUUGCUGGGAACUCCAUCUGUUCAAACCGUUCAAAGUUGGUAUGUGCAAAGUCUUACUGACAUUCUGGAAUUUUUGGAUAAAAGCCCUGAUAAUUACAGAGUUUUGUCAGACUUUUCAGAUGCGCUGAUCAACAUUCGAAAUCGGCACAAUGACGUUGUCCCCACUAUGGCCCAGGGAGUCUUAGAAUAUAAAGAAGCAUUUGGGGUGGAUCCCAUAAUUAAUCAAAAUGUGCAAUACUUUUUAGACCGAUUCUAUUUGAGCCGAAUCUCUAUUCGUAUGCUCAUCAACCAGCACACCCUUGUUUUUGAUGGACGAAGUAAUCCAGCCCAUCCCAAACAUAUCGGAGGCAUAGACCCUAACUGUGAUGUGAUAGAAGUGGUGAAAGAUGCCUGUGAAAGUGCAAAAGUGCUUUGUGAUCAAUAUUAUUUGACUUCUCCUGAGGUGCUAAUUAAUCAAUUCAAUGGAAAAACCCGAUGGCACCCGAUUCAAAUUGUCUAUGUUCCUUCCCAUUUGUACCACAUAUUUUUUGAACUUUUUAAGAAUGCAAUGAGAGCUACAGUGGAGAAUAAUGAAUCCAGUACUACUCUCCCUCCUAUUAAAGUAAUGGUUGCUUUAGGAAACGAAGACCUUACCAUUAAAAUAUCUGACAGGGGUGGUGGCGUCCCUCUCCGUAAAAUUGAUCGACUGUUCAGUUACAUGUAUUCCACAGCUCCCAAGCCAGUGGUACAGAAUCUCCAAACAGCUCCUCUGGCUGGUUUUGGAUAUGGUCUUCCUAUUUCACGCCUCUAUGCUAAAUAUUUUCAAGGAGACCUUAACCUGUACUCAAUGGAAGGACAUGGUACCGAUGCUGUUAUUUAUUUAAAGGCUUUAUCUACUGAUUCAGUGGAAAGGUUGCCUGUCUUCAAUAAGUCUGCUUGGAAACAUUACAAAAGUAGGAAUGAAGCAGAUGAUUGGUGUAUUCCCAGCAGUGAACCCAAGAACCUGGCCAAGUUCAAUAAUCACAUUUGAAGAAAAAUAUUAUGAAGAGGAAGAUUCAAGCAAUGUUCACAAUCACACUAAUAAAACUACCAUGGUAUGGAAAUGUUGGUGGCAUGCUAUGAACUGUCCUGACUUGUAUGAAACAUUAAAAUGUGCCUCAUAUAAUUAUCAUCAGUUAAGUUCAUUAAUUGACCAGUACUUUCUAGACAAAUAGAAACAGCGAUUUGUGAAAUGCAUCCUGUAUUUACGGAAUGAGUCCGAGGAGGGAGAAAUAAGACCAACAUAUGUAGACAUGCAAUCCUGUGGCGAUAUUGUGUUUUCUCUGUGUGUCUGACUAAACUGGAAACUUGCCAUUGUGGGAGUUACAAGCUUGAACUAAUGCCUGGACUAGAACUAAUAGAUUUUACAGAUGAUAAUAUUUCUCUUUCUUUCAGAAUAAGGAUUGAUCAGUAUAUGUUUGCUAUCCGCAAAUUGGCUACAGAGUAAAUACAUUUCAAAAAUCACUCCAUUUUCUGUAAACCACUUUGGGACAUUCUCAAGUUAUGAUAAGUGCAAUAUAAAUGCAUUUUUUUUUCAUUUUGGUGGGGUCAACUUUGCUUUCCUGUAGGUAGUCCUCUGUCACACUUGGCUAGGGCAUGACUUUUUUUGAAUGAAAUAAGAAAAGUGUGAUUGAAUGAGGGUAAAUUAGAGACCUCUGGCAUGAAAGGAGUCUUGAAGAUGAGAUUGUUUUACCACUUUUCCUUUGGUCUUGCAUUAGGGCAGCCUAAAUGAAAGGCAGAAUUAGGGAAACUAUCAGCUUAUGUCGUUUUCUACCUACAGUUGAAUUUAGCUUUUACUUUCAUUCUCCUCUUUUGACAUGAAACAAAGUAUAUAUGUAUGUAUUUGUAUAUGUCUGCUUAUUACUGGUUACCAGCGGUGCCUUGUGGAUAGUUAUAAAGUUAUACUAAGCUGUAUUCUUAAAUGAUCUGUGAAAGACUGAACACUAGGUGUCAAUCUGCCAGUAUAUCUUGUAUGUAAUGGAACAGAGACGUUAUGUGCAAAUAAUGAUUGGACUCUACUUAUCAAGCCUCUACUGUGAAAUUGAAAUGUAGUUGACUGCAUAAAUUUAUUAUUGUAUGUCAAAUAAAUUUAUGAUAGCUGUGCAUAAUUAUUGAGAUGUGAUAAUUGAGGUUCAAUCAAAAUGAAUAAU